CCGAUAUCCAGACACUCUCUCACCCUGUCAGUCUUUCUCUUUCUCACGAUCUUUCACACCAAUUGACUCCCAAUCCGAGACGAAAGACCCAGGCAACCCAAUCUCAAAAAAAGCCAUGCCUUCCAAACGCACCGCCGCCGCCGGCCCCGUCCCCGCACCCUCACCUCCAACUAUACCUUCAUCCUCCACCACCACCGCUGCUGCUGCUCCUGCCUCCUCCUCCUCCCUCUCCUCCGGCCCCAAGACCCUAACCACCAACUCCUCCGUCCUCGACAUCGCCCACACCGUGUGGCAGCAAUACCUCGCCACGACCCCGCAGCGCACGCUCCUGCUCGACGCCUUCAUGGGCUUUUUGGUCCUGGUCGGCGGCGUGCAAUUCCUCUACUGUGUUCUGGCCGGCAAUUACCCCUUCAACGCCUUCCUGAGCGGCUUCUCGGCGGCGGUGGGCCAGUUCGUGCUUACCGCGAGUUUGCGCAUGCAGACUUCCUCUUCUUCGGCUGCGGCUGCGGCGGUCGUGUCUGGUGGGAAGGGGGCGAAGGGGAAAGCUGCUGCGCUGGGAAAUGAGACUGGGGGGAAUGGGAUUUCGCAUGAGAGGGCGUUCGCGGAUUAUAUCUUCGGGAGCUUGAUCUUGCAUUUCUUCUGUAUCAACUUUAUUAACUGAGUGGAUGCCCGGGUUGGAUUUCGAGGGCGUGAAGGUAGUGACCGGGGGUGCGAGGUUGGGUUUGGGUGGGACGGAUUUCGGUGAGUGGGAUCAGGACUAUUCGAGGGUUAAGAUAACUGGUGCUGGACUGGGCGCGAAGUGAAGGUUCAACGUUGCAGCUUGAAGAAGAUCCCUGGUGGACUU